AGUGGACGGACGGGCGGUGUGAAGUGUGAUGAUGUCGGGACUGAUAUCUUGGGAUUGAAGAUGAAAACACAUGCGUGCGUUCGGCCAAAAGGAAUGAAGACAUGCUGAGAUGAAGAGUCAGUCUGGUUUCCUAAAGAAAAUAUCAUGGAUUAUUUAUGCCAUUUUGCACAGAUGACACUUAACACAAUGGGAUUCCUCGGAAAAAAAGAAUGACAAACAGAUAGGGAACACUUUUCAAAUCGGAAUUAAGUUAUUUUCUUCUUAACUUGAAAACACCUUAGUUGUGAGCAUCUAUUUAAGCAGGAGUAUGGAUUUGUGUAAGGCGCUCCUGUUGUUCCUGAUCUCAAACUGCGUUACAAUGACUCUGUCGCUGUCCACCUGCACCACGGUGGACAUCGACCACAUCAAGAAGAAGCGAGUGGAGGCGAUCCGGGGUCAGAUCCUCAGUAAGCUCCGUCUCACCAGCCCCCCUCAGACCAUUGGAACCAACCAGGUGCCUCUCCAGGUGCUGGCGCUGUACAACAGCACCAAGGAACUGAUCGAGGAGCUGGGCAGGGACCGCCAGCAGAGCUGCGGUCAGGAUAACACGGAGACCGAGUACUAUGCCAAAGAGAUUUACAAAUUCAACAUGAUCAACGGCCCGCCGGAAAACAACGACCUGUGCCCCAAGAGCAUCACCUCCAAGCUGUUCCGCUUCAAUGUGUCCGAAAUGGAGAAGAACUCCACCAACCUGUUCCGGGCCGAGUUCCGCGCCCUGAGGAUCCCCAACUCCAGCUCCAGGAGGAACGAGCAGAGGAUCGAGCUCUACCAGAUCCUGCAGAAGGACGACCACAUCGCCAAGCAGCGCUACAUCGGGGGCAAGAACGUGCUGACCAAGGGCACACCCGAGUGGAUCUCCUUCGACGUCACCGAAACGGUCCGGGAGUGGCUGAUGUACCGCCAGACCAAUCUGGGCCUGGAGAUCAGCGUGCACUGCCCCUGCCACACCUUCAGCCCCAACGGGGACAUAGACGAGAAAGUCCAUGAGCUGCUGGAGGUCAAGUUCAAAGCUAUGGAGCCGGAGUACGAGGAGCAGGUCCGCCUGGACAUGAGCCGUCUGAAGAAGCAGCAGAAGGAGGUGUACCCCCACCUGAUCCUCAUGAUGCUGCCCCCUCACCGGCUGGACGCCCAGUCCUCUUCCCGCCGGCGCAAGCGGGCACUCGACACCAAUUACUGCUUCUCCAACUACGAGGAGAACUGCUGCGUGAGACCGCUCUACAUCGACUUCCGCCAGCACCUGGGCUGGAAGUGGAUCCACGAGCCCAAAGGCUACUACGCCAACUUCUGCUCCGGCCCCUGCCCUUACCUCCGCAGCGCAGACACCACCCAUAGCUCGCUCCUCAGCCUCUACAACACCCUGAACCCCGAGGCGUCCGCCUCGCCCUGCUGCGUGCCCCAGGACCUGGAGCCCCUCACCAUCCUGUACUACGUGGGCCGCACGCCCAAGGUGGAGCAGCUCUCCAACAUGAUCGUCAAGUCCUGCAAGUGCAGUUAGACGG